AUGGUGUUAAUCCAUGAAUUUCGUGUCCCGCUCCAUAUGUCAGUGGAUGAGUUUCAAGUGGCUCAAUUAUAUAUGGUUGUAAAUGCAAGUGAAAAACUCACAGGUGAUGGAGAAGGGGUUGAGAUUCUGGUGAAUGAACCAUAUGACAAUCGAGAUGGUCAUUUAGGCAUCUCAAGUCUCUCUGGGUGGAAUAUCCCUCUUAAUAAGGGACAAUAUACACGUAAACACUAUUAUUGCAAGUCUAAAAUCCCUGGUUUUGUGUCAGCUUUGUGUCCAGAAGAUUCAAUGGUUCUUAUUGAAGAAGCAUGGAAUUCGUAUCCUCACUGUGUCACUGUUAUUGUGAACGGUUAUCUGGCAAAGAACAAGUUUUACAUUUCAAUUGAGUCCAUGCACAAGGCAGACACGGGUAAUUCGGAGAAUGCACUGGGUAUGACCAAACAAGAACUCAGUCAACGCAAAGUCGAAAUAUUGGACAUUGCAGAGAAAAUACCCAAGCAGACGUUAAAGGAAGACUGUGACCCGGCCACGUACAAGUCCAUCAAAACUUCACGUGGCCCCUUAACACGAGGUUGGAUGAACACGGUUGACCCGGUCAUGACCUGCUACAAGGUGGUGCGCAUCAAUUUUGACUACUGGGGCGUGCAGGGCAAGGCCGAAAAAGUCAUUCGUGAUCAGCAGCGGCAGCUUUUUCACAACACGUUGCGCCAGGCGCAAUGCUUGACGGAUGAGUGGUACGGUCUUUCUAUGGAGGAUAUUCGACGUUUAGAGGCUGAAGUGGUCGCGAAACUCGAAGCCAAACGCUUGACCAACUCGGCCAAGAAGUAG